AUGUCCCCUUCUCUCUUAUUAUCGCGUAUUCUCUCCUCUCUUUUCUUCUUCCUCCCCUCUUUCCUCCUCUUUUUGCUACUCUCUCUUUUCCUCUUCUUUUGCCUAAUCUCCCUUCUCUUUAUUAUCGCGUAUUCUCUCCCUCUUUUUUCUUCUAGCACUCUCCUCUUUCCUCUUCUUUUGCCUAAUCUCCCUUCUCUCUUAUUAUCGCGUAUUCUCUCCUCUCUUUUUCUUCUAGUACUCUCUCUCUUUCCUCUUCUUUUGCCUAAUCUCCCCUUCUCUCUUAUUAUCGCGUAUUCUCUCCCUCUCUUUUCUUCUACACUCUCCUCUUUCCUCCUCUUUUGCGUAAUCUUCCCUUCUCUCUUAUUAUCGCGCUAUUCUCUCCCUCUCUUUUCUUCUAGCUCUCUCUCUUUCCUCUUCUUUUUGCCUAAUCUCCCUUCUCUCUUUUUAUCGCGUAUUCUCUCCCUCUCUUUUCUUCUAGCACUCUCCCUCUUUCCUCUUCUUUUGCCUAAUCUCCCCUUCUCUCUUAUUAUCGCGUAUUCUCUCCCUCUCUUUUCUUCUAUACUCUCUCUCUUUCCUCUUCUUUUGCCUAAUCUCCCCUUCUCUCUUAUUAUCGCGUAUUCUCUCCCUCUCUUUUCUUCUACACUCUCCCUCUUUCCUCUUCUUUUGCCUAAUGUCCCCUUCUCUCUUUUUAUCGCGUAUUCUCUCCCUCUCUUUUCUUCUAGCACUCUCCCUCUUUCCUCCUCUUUUGCCACUCUCCCUCUUUCCUCUUCUUUUUGCCUAAUCUCCCCUUUCUCUCUUAUUAUCGCGUAUUCUCUCCCUCUCUUUUCUUCUAGUACUCUCCCCUCUUUCCUCUUCUUUUGCCUAAUCUCCCCUUCUCUCUUAUUAUCGCCCUCUCCCUCUUUCCUCCUUCUUUUGCCUAAUCUCCCCUUCUCUCUUAUUAUCGCGUAUUCUCUCCUCUCUUUUCUUCUACACUCUCCCUCUUUCCUCUUCUUUUGCCUAAUCUCCCCUUCUCUCUUAUUAUCGCGUAUUCUCUCCCUCUCUUUUCUUCUAGUACUCUCCCUCUUUCCUCCUCUUUUGCCUAAUCUCCCCUUCUCUCUUAUUAUCGCGUAUUCUCUCCUUCUCUUUUCUUCUAGCACUCUCCCUCUUUCCUCUUCUUUUGCUACUCUCCCUCUUUCCUCCUCUUUUGCGCAAUCUCCCCUUCUCUCUUAUUAUCGCGUAUUCUCUCCCUCUCUUUUUUCUUGUACUCUCCCUCUUUCCUGCAUUCUCUAUCUGCAGCUUCCCUCCAUACAUCCACUCCUCACGUCAUUUUCAUAA